AUGGUCAUUUUUAUGCCCUAUUACCGUCAACAUGGACAACUAUUACAUUCACAUCCACGUAGUCGUCCAUCAGCGUCGUCUAACGGACAAAAUCAUUCAACAACACAGACUCCUAUACAUAUGAGUACUUGCAAAUUUGCAUCGAAUAUUCUGUGUCGUUUUAUAUUCUCAUUGUUUCUAUUUGCUAUCGCCUUUGUUUUAUUUCAUUUAUCUAUAAAUAAUAUGCCGAACAAAAAAGAAGGCUCAAACGUAAUUGCUGCUAUUCUAUUGACUGUUGCUAUUGUUUCAUUUUUACGUACAUGCCAAACACUACGGCGUUAUUUAACUAUUAUGCAAACGAGACGUCGACUUGUCCAGAGAUUACGUGAACGACAACAAGCGUACGAUUUAGCGCUAGCUGCUGGAACUGAUCCAAAUUCAGCUUUAAUCAUCGGUGAUGAUACUGAUUUGCCACUAUAUAAAGAACUGUUUCCUUCUCAUCCGAAUAUUAGUACUACUGGCAAUGACCCAUCAUCGACAUUACUGCCUCCGUCUUAUGACGAUUUUGUAAAAACACUUGAUGUUCGUCCACCUCUUACUAUACUUCCACUUACGUCUGUACGUCCUCAUUCAUUAUCAUUGCCCACGAGCAGUUUAUCAACAGCAACAAGUCAAUCUCAAACAAAUCCAACACAAUGUACAUGGAUAACGGAUCAACAAACACGUGGAACUGCUCGUAUUUCCGGCAAUCUGACAUAUGUAUAG